GAGAUGAAGAUCGGGGGAUGGGAAAAAAAAUGGGAAUGGGGGGGGGAAUGGGGAAGUCGGGAUCGGGAUGCGGACGACGAGGAGGAGGAGGAGGAGGAGGAGGGGAGAUCGACGACGACGACGACGACGACGAUGACGACGACGACAACGACGACGACGACGACGAUGACGACGACGACGACGACGACGACGACGACGAAGAAGAAGAAGAAGAAGAAGAAGAAGAAGAAGAAGAAGAAGAAGAAGAAGAAGAGGUAGAAGAAGAAGUAGAAGAGGAAGAAAAAGUAGGAGAAGAAGAAAAAGAAGAUUCGACGAAGAAGGAACUUAGAAAAACUCAUUUCUCGCAUGUUGAUGAGGAGGCCGUGACGAUACGGCCAUCUGGCUCUGGUCACACCGUCACCGUGCCAUCCUUGAGAACCAAUGGAGUCAAAAACGCUCGAUGCCUCCAUCAUCUCUCCCAUGGAGGGAAAGCCACACCGACACAUAUUGUAGGCUAUGGCAGUGACAGCAUGGUGGCAGCAUUGGCAGGAAGUCACCGGGCCAGUGGCGUCACCGCCCUUGGGAAUAGACCAGCGCCUGGUUGCAGGAGGCCUGGCCACUGGAGUUUACAGUUGUUACCGACACGGGUGCUCCAACAGACAAGUAGCUCACAUACGAGAAGCAGGUUGAGCAGAUCGCGCGCAUUACUGGACCAUGCACCAAGUAUCUGGUGUCCUACCUAUUCUGGCCUUCACUUCCCGGCAAGGGCAAGUCCAUCACCAGGUGUGUGCUAUGAUAAUGGGAACAAGGGGGGAGGUGCACAUGCUAAGCCACUGGCGCUGCUGCCACAUUUGCAAUGUUGUCGAGCCAUCAGCCAUGCAGAUAACGCAUCUCUUGGUCUUCAACCUCCAUUUCACAUUGACGAAAAGGAUGAUGCAGCCAUAUUCAAGACAGCCCGCGAGCUUCACUUAGAGAUGCGUCAGAAGGUAGAGAGAGAAACUGGUGUGUUGUUUGAGGAAAACAAGGCCCCCCUUGAGCUCAGGGAUAUUAACAUCCCUGAAAUUCUAACCAAGGGAUCACUUAUUUUGCGUAACGGGGACAAGGAGAGAGUGCACGCCAUGGUUGAGGGAGCUAUGCGCAUCCAGGCAAAUGGGCAGGUUCUUGGGACUUCGUUUCUUACGCUCUACAUGGGUCCUGCUACAGAUGCGCCUCACUUUACGUUCGAGCUUGUCAUUUCCGAGACAUUUGUGCUCUUCGUAAUCGACCUCUUUCCACGCAGAGAUCUGGUUCUUCAUGUGGACUAUCUGGACGAGGUGUAUGCAACCAGCGGGCUGCAUGAGAUCUGUAAACGCUGCGACCAGGAUGAGCGGAUGAAGAAGUAUUAUGGGAACUUAUACACGCGUCAUGCACUGUCGCCAACAUAUCUGGCAUAUACUAUCCCAGUGAGCAAGGGUCCAGUUAACGAGGAAGGCGAGGAACGGGAGGAGGGCGGGGGGGUAUCUAAGAUAGUGACGGAGAUCGUGAGGCCCCUUGCACUUGACGUUUUCAAUAUUUGGUCAUCUCUUCGGCAAAGUCGAGAAAAUAAUGUCACCAGCCAUGCUGAUAGAGAAGGUCUAAUUAAGAGGGAUUUUGUACAACGUGCUGAAUCUAUCAAGAGGGAGGCGGGUGUGGAGCGGGCUUUUGGGACUGUUAUAGCUUCAAAAUUUAGAGAUGCCAUAAUGUCUGUAUAAAACCUAGACCACCAGUUAGGAUGAAUCGAGGUGCAUUUUCCCAUCGAUUACAAAUGGAACCGGCUACAGGCAGGCCAGCAUGUAGAAUGCCCGGCCUCCUUCUACAGGUCCUGGAUCGCACUUUUCGCUCGGCUGAGGCCCGAACUGGUUGUUUAAACCGCCAGUACACGGCCUCCGCCUUGCUGAAAAUGCUUCGUCUCCGGUCCGAAAAAGCCGGCGUCUGCUCGCCGUCGGCGGCCGGCAUCGCAUUUCAGCCCUCUGACAUGGGGCUGCGGCCGAUGCGAGCCGGGUACUGGUCGUCUUAAAUGACCUGUACAUCUGUGCCCCUUUUGUACAAGGCAGAUUUCCACUGCCCGCCAAGCUUUGCUGAAAUGCGGGCAUGGCAUUUUUGUUUUAGUUUUGGGGGGGACCACCAGGCACCAGCCAUUUUGGUCCGGUCACCCUGAGCCUCCGAUCUUUUCGGAGAAGCUCAACUGUGAUCCUCAAGUUGGCAGGGGUCAUGUAUUGGUGGUUUAAUUAGAAUCUAAACCACCAGUACCUUUCCCCGCAUGAAAAGCAAUUCCGCGCCAGGUAAUCCGGAAGCCAAGCGGGAUCCGGCCGCCGUUGAUAAAUUGAAUCGCUGGUCCGUUUUCCGUCUCAGGCUUUCUUUUUUCUGCCCGCGGCCAAUAUAGGGGAAAGGUAGCACUGGUGGGGGCGUGUUAUUAAAAAAAAAAAAAAAAAAAAAAAAAGGGGGAAGUAACUGGUGGUUUAAUAGAACACAUCAUACGUGAGCACAGGAGUUUAAUAGAACACAUCAUACGUGAGCACAGGAAUACCGAAAGAAGAAGGACGCUUAUUCGUACGGGCAUACUUAUAGCGUAGUUAGGGUGGGUCAACGGCACCUAGAGUUUAUGCUAAUUACCCCCCAGAUUGACUUGAAACAGCGCUCUAUGAGUGUGUCUUAAUUAGGGUGAACUGCAGUACCGGACAUUCAUGGCUCGAUUACGAUGCCUAUCAGGGUUGAGACCCUCUUUUUCUUUUUUUAAUAAAACUGCCGCCUUCGG